AUGGCCGAAGUAGCAAAGGCGGCCGCGCGACAACUACCAGGCUUCAAGCUCGGACGGAAACAAGUCUUCCUACCCGACCACGUCAUCACCUUCCUCCGCAAAGAGCACCUCCCGCCGAAUGAAGCCUGCUUCCAGGUGCCUCUACGAUGGACCAAGUUUGACCUCCGAGACUACCUAUGGAACCUGUACGGCGUCGAGGUUCGCAAGGUGCGGUCGUACGUCAAGGAGCUGCCGCUGGCGCAGCGUGCUGGCCUGCCCAACUCCUGGUACCGCCCCCAGUCCAAGAAGAUCAUGACGGUCGAGCUGGCCAAGCCCUUCCAGUGGCCCGAGCUGCCCGACAACAAGAGGCCUUGGAACAAGGAGAUGUGGGACAUGCGCCAGGAGCUCAUGGAGGAGCGCCAGCAGGCCAACGUGGACUUCCAGCGUGGCAACAUCCCGCUCGAAAGCAGCAAGCCCGAGUCGAGAGACAGGAAGGAGCUGCGCGAGUUGGCCAAGAAGAUGCUUUCGGGAGAGAUCGCGUGGUCUAACAAUGUCGAGCUAGACCCCAAGUGGAAGAGCAUCGUCACCAAAGCCAAAGGCGAGGCCGGCCUUAAGGAGGAGGCCACUGUCGAAGCGGCAGCUGAGCCCGCAGCCCCCGAGACCAAGGAUAAGACUUGA